AUGCUUCGUCACGUGGCCCGGAGGUGGAGCGCUGCUACACACACUUUUGUGUUUUUAUGGGAGCAUCUUAAAGGAUUGGAUGUACAUUCACUUCCUCACUCACAUGCUAUGAAGCUGGCCAAUUGGGGCAGGGGUUCUUAUAUGCCAAAAAGUCUUCCCUUAGUCUGCAGAUGGUUUAAGCGAAUGCAGAGGAAAGGCCAGGACUUUCUGAAGCUGUUGGAUAACGUUGAGAACUUUGUCUUCCCUCCUUACGGCACCUCAGCAGAGACCUUCACCUUUGUGCCCUUUUAUGCUGAUGUUAGUGACAUUGUUGAGGUUCCAGCAGCCAUGUCACAAAGCGGCCAGUUUAGAAAGUAUGCCAUGUUGAACUUUGCUCCUAUCCCACUGCCUACUCUUGGAGACAGUCGCUCAGAGAUUUCUGUACCUUACUCGUCUCACCGGGUUAGGCGGCAAUUUGGGCUUGAUCAAGGAGUACCGAGCAGUCCUAACCAUGCUGACCCCUUCGUGAUACACAGAGUCUUCUGGAGCAAUGACCCUAUACCAACUGUUGUAGGCCCCUUGUUUUAG